AUGGUAGCCUUCAAACGCAAGGUCAAGAUCCCGGUCGUAACAGUCCGUGGUAUUUGCGAAGCAAGUCUUAGAGACGCCCUCCGGCCUACGAAGCUGGAGAUGGAUUCAGCCAAAUCUCAGUCCCUUUCCAGUAUGGGUUUACAGUAUGAGAGGAAUAUCAUAGAAAUGAAAAUGUUAGGAGUAUGGAUCACUCGCAGCGGUUCGCGGAAGAAGUACAUCAUACAGAGAGUUGACAAAGCCAAGAAGGUUGGAUUUGCCCUAGCAAGAUAUGCAAGAAAAACCUUCGGUGUGAAACUCUCCUGCAUAGUCGAUCUGUAG